CUGCCUGAGAGGCUCCAUUUGUUGUUUGUUGGUAUGUAUUUUUGGACUCUGCUGCCAGCUACUUUUUCAUUUAGCACUACCCAAAUACCAAACUAUAAACCAGAACAAAACAAAACAACAUUGUGCAUAUAUAUAACUAUAAGCCAGUUUUGUGUUGUGUUGUGUUGUGCUGUGCAUAUAAUCUGUGUGUGCUAAAAGUGAGGAGGGAAAUGGUGAGGUGUGAAAAGCAAUAUGGAGAGGAGAUUCCACUUGUCCUCUCAGACCCUAUGGUGUUGGAGAUUACUCGUUUGCAAAACCAAGUCAAAGAAAAAGUUAAGGAACUAGCAACUUAUCAGAGUGAAAUCAAAGCAUUAAAGGCUACUGAAGUUCUGAAGGAUAAGGCUAUUGUAGAGUUGAGAAAUGAUGUCAGUAAACUAGACGAGAGACUUAGCGUUACAGAGGAUCAUCUUAAGCAAAAGAAUGUAGAAAUCAGGAAACUGGCAGAUGAAAAGAAAGGUGCAUUGGCUGCACAAUAUGCGGCAGAAGCAACGCUUAGAAGGGUACAUGCAAAUCAAAAGAAUGAAUAUUCUGUUCCAAUUGAUACUGUCAUUGCCCCACUUGAAGCUGAGAUUAAAAUGUAUAGGAAGGAGAUUACAACACUUCAAGAAGAUAAGAAAGCUUUGGAAAGAAUAACAAAGUCCAAAGAAACUGCAUUGAUAGAAGCACAGAGGAUUUUGCAAAGUGCGCUCGAGAAGGCUCUAAUAAUUGAAGAAGUUCAAAAUCAACAUUUUGACUUAAAGAGACAGAUUGAGAUCUUCCAGGAAGAGAACAAAAUUUUGGAGAAAACUCUCCGCCAAAAGACUAUUGAAGUUGAAAAGCUUAGCCAUACAAUUCAAGAACUUGAGGAAGUCAUAUUAGCUAACGGCGCAACUGCUAACGUUGUUCGCGAUUACCAGAGACAGAUUAUCGAAUUGCAAGAGGAGAAAAGGACAUUGGAGAGGGAGCUAGCAAGAGUAAAAGUUUCUGCCAAUAGAAUUGCAAAUGUUAUGGCUAAUGAAUGGAAGGAUGAAAAUGAUAAGGUCAUGCCUGUCAGGCAAUGGCUUGAAGAGAGAAGGAUUGUGCAGGCAGAGAUGCAACGGUUGAAAGAGAAGCUAGCUAUAUCAGAGAGAACAGCUAAGGCAGAAUCACAACUAAAGCAAAAACUAAAAGUGAGGCUAAAUACAUUGGAGGAAGGUUUAAAACAUUUUUCAAGUUACUCCGCCACUUCAAAUGUGUUUUCUUGGUCUCCAAAAGCAGAAAAGUCUAACAUCAAAGGUUCCUUAACAACAAGUGGUGGAGCAAGAAAGAGAUCCACAUCACAACCAAGAGCCUCUUCUAUUGGAAGCCCUUUGUUCCAGCAGAGAAAUAUUAAAACCAACACAAACACAGUUGGAGGGAAUUUAAAACAGAAAAGUCCUAUUAAAACGAAACAUGCUUCUGCAGAAAACAUGUUGAAGAAAGGGUUGUGGACUUCAAGAAUUAAAGUUGCUGAUAUUACUGGUGAAAAGGAAAAUGAGAUGCAGGUGAACACAGACACUAAUUUAAAUAACAUCAACGUCAAAACCAUUGAUGAUGAAGAUGAAGACUUCCAAAGCAAGAAACCAAAUGAUUCAGGCAGUGAUGAUGUGGUGUCAGGAUUUCUAUAUGAUAGGCUGCAAAGAGAUGUCAUCAAAUUGAGGAAUUCUUGUGAAACCAAAGACAGUAGUUUGCAAGCUAAAGAUGAAGAAAUUAAGAUGCUCAUAAGGAAAGUUGAUGCACUGACCAAGGCCAUGGAAGUAGAGUGGAAAAAAAUGAAAAGAGAAGCAGCUGCUAGAGAAAAGGAGGUUUCAUCGAUAAAGGCGGAUGAUAACAGGAAAAACAGAAACACGAAUUCCUCCAAAAGGGUGAUGAAUGAACGUUGAGGAAUCUUUAUUUAGAGAUAGCUAAAGGCAAUUUGUUUAUAAACUGCAUCUUGUGAUUUUUCUUUGUAAAUACAAAAGAUUUGGUGAGGUUAGUAUCUUCAAAUAAUAAAUUUCCACUGGCAAAAGGGAGUUUGAUUAUUCAAACAUAUACAAAGUGUUCGUUGUAAAUUUGUAAUUGUGAGUUUUACACAUUGCACUGUUUAAACUUUUCAAAUGCAUCAGCACAUAAUUGAACAUGAGGAACACUCGAAUAACCGGUAAAUAUGAUUCUUGCCCCUUCCCUAA